UUAAGAUGAGGAUGGACGUGUUUCGAUGGUUGCCCGGUGCCUGCGGAAGUCUUGGACCGGCCCUUAUACCACCGGCCCACAUUGCCGUGCUGUGGUACUUCUGGCAGAAUUACUCCCGGUUCGUGGACAAGCGCUUCUGUUCCUGCUCUUGCUGGGAUACUGUUUUUAAGGGAACGUACGAAUCGGGCAUCGCUUCCUAUAAGCACAUGUACUUCAAUGCGACGCAAAACACGAUGAAGAUGUGGCUGCUGAUCGUGGUCGGUGUGAUCGCACUGUACGAGUGUACGAAACAUUUGAUUCAGCUGCUGCUACAGUGCAAGGUGCGCUACACGAUGAUUGUGCUGUUUCUGCUGUCGAUUUUUUCGCACUAUUACGCGUGGUGGGCGUAUCUGAAUUACUACAACGACGAGUAUUACCAUCAGUGGAACCAUCAGUUAUUCUUUACUAUUACCGAGCUCAUAUCAACCAGCGUCGUGCUGCAUUUAGCAAACGUUGAAAAUCAGGUGACCGCCCGCAAAACGCUUAGUAUCGUCGGCAUAGCGCUGCUACACAUCCUGGCAAGCGGUGUCGAUCAGUUCAUAUCAAACGUGUUUCGCGGGGAAGGUUAUCCCCAUCAGGUCGUACGGGAUCUUGGCUUCAUGAUACCGGACGUGUUGCAUCUGUUGCUUCCACUGUGGCUGCUACGUCAAACACGCCUCGAAAGCUUCAGCACGCGACCAUUCUACCGGGACCGCAAUCUGCGCCGGGACGUUGUGCUGAUGUUUUUCGUCGUUACAGUAUUAUUCACGAUCUGUUCGUUUCUCUAGAAGGAGGAGAAAAAUGGGACCGAGCAGGGAUAGAAGGCGGUGUUUGGCUAA